AUGGUUGUCAUGGAAAAUGUGGAAGAUUGGCCAGCCAAUGCUCUUGGACGUGCAUUUGACCCUUCAAGCAUUAGGGUCUCUAAUGACCGGCUUCAAGUGAUGAGUGAUGGGGGGAAGAAUGUUUCCAACCCUGUACCUAAACCGAAGUUCCUGAGUUACUUGGAGGAACAGAUCCAACUGAAUCUCAAAUCGUUGCGGAGCGAUGAUGCAGAUGGUAGAUUUCAGGUAUUCAAAGAAGCCUUCCAAUUGAUUAUCGCGGCCUUCAAAACCCAUGGACCCAUUCUAGCACAAAUUUCUAAAGAAUAUGAAGCUAUCCUUCAGUACUAUAAAACCGAAGUACAAAAGUUGCGUCCAGCUCAAGAAUACCUGUGGACCAUCAAACAGGAGUGCGAUCAACGUGUCCUUGAGCUGAAGAAUCAAGAAAAGCCUGAACUGGAAAGUCUACGGAAGGAGAUUACACGAUUAAAGGCUCAAGUUUCAGCGAAGAAAGAGGAGCAGAUUUCAAUGCAAGUGGAGAUUGAUAAGCUGAAAGCCUCGCUGGAGGAGGAACACGGGAAAUGUCGACACGAAGCCGAUGCAAAAAAUCUGCUUGUGAUUGAGCUAAACGACAUGCAGAAUCACUAUAGCGAAUUGCAAAAGGUGACGCAGCAAGCACGAGAAGAAGCAACAAACGUUGGAGAUCCUGCGCUUUUACGGAUAGCACUGGAUCAAGCGAGGAAAGCUCUGUCUGAAGCGCAGUUCGAGUUGACGAAGAUAAAGGCUGACUACGUUGACGUGAUUCCAAAAAAAGAGUAUGAAAUCUUGAUGCAAUCUAACCAAAAGCUGGAGGAAAAAAUUGUCAAGCAAGAAGCCAAAUUCGCUGAACUUACUGAGGAGAUGAAGCACUGUGAAUCCGAACUCAGUGGAAUGAUCGAACAAAGAGAUGAAUAUAAGCGUGCGCUGCAGCAGCUGAAUCGCGCAUCCACCCCCAGGCCCCACUGGGACGAAGUCGGGAGAAGCUUACCUUGUGGGCUAUCAAAAUGGAAUGAGGAAACUCAUGGAAUGUCAUCUCAACAGAAGAUGCAAUAUUUGAUCAGAAUAAUGACGAAGAAAACGAGAGAUGUUGAGGAUGGCCCAAAGCAACUGGAAUCAAAGGCAAGUAGUCAGACCAAUUGCUACGAGGAAGAGGAGUCAUUUGAUGAACUCGUCGAAGGACGAACAGAAACCAUUAUAGGGGUUAGAGACCAGACAGGGGUUGAUGAAAGUGUUCCUCGUUUCUUACGCUGCGAGGACCCACAGGUGUUCAGGCGAACACUUCAGUUGCGAGACUGCUUACUACUGACAGAUGAAAUCUGGAAGCAACGUAAACAAGAGAAAGAAACUUACAAGGAACCUGCGAAUGUGCGACGCCGUUCCGUGGUACGCAGACGAAUGUCACAGGCCCGUUUUACCCCAGCACCAGCGAUGUCUAAACCCUCAGUAACCAACUGGAGACCGUUUGAUGAGUUUUUGGAAAACUUCUUCACCCAAGUCUACGGUAUCCCAAGAAUCCGUUUGGAAUGGGCUUAUACCUAUAACGAAGCAAUUACAAAUCACAAAGAUUAUUUGUCACUGCACGAAGUAAAAUGUAUAAUCGACAAUGAGGUAAGCUUGGCUUUCAAUACUAACAAACUGUUCACAAUCAGCUUGAUGAAAACUGCCACUGGCAUUUGUUCACGUGGCUUGAACAAGCUGAAAGGCUUAUCAGCGGUGUUGCUACAGGUGAUUCACAAUAACAUUUCAGAAGGCGAAGAAACUGAACUCUUGGUGGUAAGCCGGGACCAACUACAAGCGGUUCUCUACGAACUUACUGGCGCACAGUUUGAGUCAAAUAUUGAAAGCUUGUUGGAAAAGGCAACUAUGGUGAACGGAAAGGACAUGGAAGCUCAGAGAAACGAAAAUAGCAGUCAGUUGGAUAAGAAGAUACUGAUUGAUGUGAAAGCACUAUUUUUUAAAGACCCUGGGGAAGAGUUCAAUCCAUUCAUCAGAGAGUUGAUUGCAUUGUACGAAGGUAUCAAACUUGGGUUUGUGGAAGAGGUAGUCAGCAAACUCGAAAAGUCC